AUGGCCCCGAGCGUCCUCGGCGGCAACCGGUCGAACCGCCGGACGAUCGUCUUCUUCGUGUGCACGUGGGUCCUGUACUCGGUCUUCUUCGUCGUGGCGCUGCUCUCGUGCAUGGCCUUCAGCCUUGUCGCGAUCGCAACCGGCGCGGCCGGCGACGGCGGGUACGAAGCUCGGUUCGUUGCGCUCGCGACCGCCUUGGUGCGCUUCUACUGGCGCGUCGAGAUCGGCGUCCUCUCGCUCUACGAGACCGAGCGCACGCGUUCAAUGCAGACGCGGCCGCCGGAGCUCACGAGUUCGCACGUGCUGCACACGCUCCUGUACAUCUUUGGCUGGAAGACCACGUUUGUGGGCCCGCUCUCGGCGAUUCCAGUCGCGAUUUGGAUCCUUGGCAUGCACACAGUUGUGGACGCGCCUGUUAACACGUACGCGAGCGGCGGCUUGACCGUCGAAGUGCUCGUCAAGUGGUCUCUCUUCCUCUUGGCCGGCCUCGUCAUCGGGCAAAUCCUCUGUCUCGUCAUUGUGUCCAUCAGCAUUGGCUUGUACAACAGCAUCUUUCCGUCGCCAGCGGUCAGCGACGAGCGCCGGCCGCUCGCAAGAGAUGUCGCUAUCAACAUCUACCACAGCACGUCGACGCAGGUGCGCGAUACGUUUACACCGACGAAACCGUUGCCCGCGCAAGAGUCCCACCACGCAGCGACAAGCCAUGUCGCUGAAAAGCCACUCGUGGUUCCGCAGCCAACCGAGCCCUCACCUGUGGCCCCUAGCGCACCCGACGGCGUGCCGGCGCCAGCAGGAGACGAGGAUGCGAUCCCCACCGAGACGCCAGCCCCUCGUAGCGCCUUGCCCGAGGCUCUUGCUCCCAUUCCCGUCCAUGUCCAUGGCACGUCCGUGGCGAUCGCUCGCGACGCCGUCGACACGCAAGCUCUCGAAGACAUCGAGGACGACAGCGCAGACACCGACGACCGCGACGCUGAGCUUGCGGCCCUCGAAAAGCGCAUCGACGACUACAAGCGGUUUGAAGCCGCCGCCAAAGACAACAAGAAGCUGCGUCGACGGCUCGAGAAGGAGCGCCGGGGCGUCGAAGACGAGCUGCAGAAGCUGCUCGAGCAACGCCAGGCGAGCGCGUUCGUCAUCGCCGGCGCACACAUGUCGCCGGCGGGUCCGAUGCGCGGCCCGAUGCAAAUCCACGUUGCCCCUCGCGCGUUCCAGACGCAGCCCGCGCCCGAGGACCACGAGUAUGGCGACAGCAUCCGCUACAGUGCCUUCUCGCCGGGCAGUCUCACGUACAGCUACAUUCCCGGGAGCCUCCACACGCAGUCACCGAACGUGUACCGCAACUUGUGCGACGACGCACUGAUUCGAUCGCCACCGCUUUACGAUCCGUUUGACGGACCCUCGCCGACGCUGCAGCCGUACGGCCUUAUGUACGGGCACAUGUCGCCGCCACCCACAGCGCUCUUAUCGUCGUCUGACUUUGAGCCCAAGACGCGCGGCUUCCGCCUCUAUCGUUUGUUCUCGUUUGCGGUCUGGGCCUUCCUUAUCAACCAACGCGACGACAUGCACGAAGCCGCGACGGCCGACGGCAGCGCGCGCCAGCUCUCGCGCGAUAUCAUGUUUGGCUUGCGCCGCGGCGCCCUCAUCCACGUGACGCUCGAGCUGCCCGAUGGCUUCUCUCUCCUCGAUGGAGUGCGUAUCCAGUGCAACCUGCCGCACGCGACCCGCGACCAAGUCCUCCUCAAAGCCACGGUCGUCGUCGGUACCAAGGUCAUGAUCCUUCGCGCCUACAUGCACAUUGCGUCGAUCGCCUCGUCGAUGGACACGGCGGAGCUCGACUCCCAGCUCGAGAUGCUCCCCGAGACGUUCGAGGAGAUUCCGUUCACAUCGCUCGAGAUGAAGGAGCUCGUGGGCCGCGGCAACUUUGGCGACGCGUACCGCGCCCGGUACCACGGCCGAGACGUCGUGGUCAAGACGCUCCGGGCAAGCGAGUUUGGCGCCAACUCGGACCAGAUCGUGCAAGAGUUUCGGCACGAGGCCGCGGUGCUGGCCAUGUUUGGGCACCACCCGAGCAUUGUGCCGUUUGUGGGUGCGAGCACCGACCUUGCGCAGCCGCUGAGCCUCGUGACCGAGUACCUUCCGUUCGGGAGCUUGGAGAGCCAAGCGCCGGCGCUCUCGACCGACCAAAAGACGCGCAUCUUAUGUGACGCGGCCGCCGGGUUUCUCAACAUGCACGAAGGCGGGUUCUUGCACCGCGACAUUGCUGCUCGCAACUGCCUCGUCGACGAGAACCUUCGCGGCAAAAUCUGUGAUUUUGGCAUGUGCCGGCGGGUCAACUCGUAUGGCGGGAACCGGCUCGGCGAAGGUGUCGGGCCGCUCAAGUACAUGGCGCCCGAGUCGCUCACGCCACCCCACGCGUUCUCGUUCCGGUCCGACUCGUACUCGUUUGGCGUCCUCAUGUGGGAAACGUUUACCGAGUCCAAGCCCUUUGGCGACAUGCCUGCGUAUAUGGCGGCGUCGCACGUGGUAGGCGGCGGCCGGCUGGCGCUCGACGAGGCCGUGCCCAUCAAGUACCACGAUCUCAUCCAAGCCUGCUUCCACGAAGACCCGACCAAACGACCUUCGAUGGCGACGAUCCUGCAGACGCUACUACCGGCCUCGUAAACCUGAAAUGUAAAUACUAUGUCGGCGCGA